UCAGCAUUCUUCUCAUUCCUCCCUCACAACAAUCAGCCUGUGAGCCUUUAUGAGCCACACUCACCAGUCAGCUCACUCACACACGCGCGUGGACUGGAACGGGGCACUCCGGGAGCUUUUCGGAGACGUUUUUCCGGAGUUUGAAGCGUUCUUCUUUGUGUGAUGAGACUAAGAUUUGAUACCUUGUGAUCCACUCCCUUCCUCAAGUCCACCCAUCCAGGCCGGACCCAAAACCUCUCGGAUAUGAGAACCGCCGAGUCCGCCCCCGGGACGGUCCUGCACCGCCUCAUCCAGGAGCAGCUCCGUUUCGGCAAUCUGACAGACACCCGCGCCCUGCUGGCCAUCCAGCAGCAGGCCUUACGCGGUAGCGGCGGCGUUAUCGGGAGUCCUCGCUCUUCUCUGGAGAACGUGAACCAGGACGAGUGCCAGUACCUGCACAUGUCCACCCGGCAGGACCCCCAGGGUCAGGAAUACCAGGGAAGCUGCGUUCAUCCGGAAAAGCCCUUGAGAAUUUCCUGCAACGGGGAGGAGCUUCCCACCUACGAGGAAGCCCGAGUUCACUUACAGUACCUUAAAGGGGAGCCGGACUCCUGCGUGGAUGUGCACUGGGAUGCCAAACGGGAGCACGCCCGUUCCCUUAGCGAGCGCCUCAUGCGGCUUUCCCUGGAAAGGAGCGCGCCGACGACCAACGUCCCUACGAUGAGCUCCUCGCAAAGUUUCCCGCAGCUGCACAAUGCCGCCCUGCCGCAAGGGGACCCGCGGGGUCCUCCACCUGGAUACCCGCCCCAGGACCAAAGGGUUUAUUUCCUAGAACCUACAGCGCCUCCACCCUUCUACUCUCAGUACAGGAACGGCGGGGUUCCUGCGAAGGAUGAAGGCGAUGCCCUGAGGCGGGAGAACCGGAGGCUGAGGCGGGAAGUAGACAUGUACGCAGAGAAAGCAGCACGCCUGAACAAGCUGGAGAACGAGGUCGCUAGGAUUUCAGAGGCGUACGAGACUCUGAUGAAGGGCUCGGCCAAACGCGAAGCUCUGGAAAAGACCAUGAGAAACAAAUUGGAGGCCCAGAUGAAGAGGAUGCACGACUUUAACCGGGAUCUCCGAGAACAAGUGUGCACGGCGGCCAAGCAGCGGGCAGACAAGGAAGCGGAGCGCUCGGAACACAAGCAGCACGUCUUCCUCAAGCUUCUCGAGCAAAAUGAGGAGCAGCAGCGUGAGCGCGAGCGUCUGGAGAUAUCCAUCCAGAACCUCCGGGUGUCGGCGGAGGAGAGCCAGCAUGGACGAGAGCUCCUGGAGAAGGCGCUGCUCUCGGCGCACGCUCGUAACAGACAGCUGGAGGACGAGCUGCACAGGAAACGGGCUUACGUAGAGAAAGUGGAGCGCCUCCAGAGCUCGCUUGGACAGCUGCAGGCGGCGUGCGAGAAGAGGGAAGAGCUAGAGAUGCGACUGCGUACCCGCUUGGAGCAGGAACUCAAAAGCAUGCGGGCGCAGCAGAACCAGACCUCUGGCCUCGUGGCUUCCGAGCUGAGCUCCUCCCUGUCACAGCAGCAGCAACUGAGGGAGCUCGAGGAGCGUAUCCUAGGCUUGGAGGCAGACAUCACCAAGUGGGAGCAGAAGUACCUAGAGGAGAGCACCAUGAGGCAGUUUGCCAUGGACGCCGCCGCUACAGCCGCAGCGCAGAGAGAUACCACCAUCAUCAACAACUCGCCUGGGCAUUCGCCUGAUAGCAGUUUUAACGAAGACCUCCCUCUGAGCAAUCACAGACAUCAGGAAAUGGAGAACAGAAUCCGAGCCCUUCACGCACAGCUCCUGGAAAAGGACGCCAUGAUCAAGGUCCUUCAACAGCGCUCCAGAUGGGAGCAAUGCAAGUUGGAGAAACAAGGUCUCCGGUUGACCCGGUCCGUCCCGUCCAUUACCACUGCGGCCGGCAACGCUGAGACUAAAGGAAAGAGCCUCUCGGAUGACCAGACAGGUGGCGCCUUGAUGCAACGCGAGGGUGCUAGACGGGACUCCGCCACACAAUGUGACCAACCAUUCAGCAACUUGGUGGAGGACGCCUCUGGUACUUCGGAGAAAGCCCAGCGGGGACAAGUCCAAGCUUCACUUGACUCGGAGAUGGUGGAGAUUCUCAUUUGAGGGAUGUCCAGACAUGUUGCUGUUUAUUUAUUUCUUCUGUCAUUGCUGCUCAUUUUUAUUGUACGACGGAGUAAUAGGGUCAAACAAACAAAAAAAGAAAAAAUAAAUAGGACUAUGAGAAAGUCAUGAUAUUAUGAGAUUAAAGUCUAAAUAUUACAUCAUGUAAAAUGUGCGGGAGCAAUACGGCUAAUGUAGCUACUACUACAAACUAGCUACUACUAAUUGCUGCUACGUUCUUGCUACUACUUACUACGAUAAAGUAUUAGACAAAUUAUAAGUAUAAAUCCUGAUAUUGACUAUAAUUUGAUGGAGAUGUGCCAAAAGAUGCUUUCAAUAUUUUUUUAUUUUAACAGCAUUGGCAAAGUAUGUGCUUGCUAUAUUAGCUACAAUGCAUCAAUGCUAAUAACAUAAAGAUACGUAAUAUGAUUAAAUUAUAUUUGCAAUAUUCCAACUUUUUUUCUCAUAUUACGUCUUUGGUAUCUUAAUAUUAGGUAAAGUUAUAUCACAUUCCGAUUUGUUUUUUUCCAUGUGAUAUUAUGACUUUUCUCGUAAUAUUACAUAAAGUUACAUAGUGUUACCAUUUUUAAUCUUGCAAUAAUACGACAUUUUCUUGGAACAUUACGAUUUUAAUCUGGUAAUAUUACGUAGUUACGUAACAACUUUUACUACUAAUAUUAUGUAAAAUGAUGUGGUAUUAUGUUUUUAAUCCUGUAAUAUUACGAUUUUUUUCUCGUUACAUUGCGACUUUAAUCUCAAAAUUCCGACUUUUUUUCUCUUCAUAUUACAUAAAAAUACAUAACAUUACAACUUUUUCCCCCAAAAUAUUAAUUUUCUCAUACUACCUAAAAUGAUGUUGCUACGACUUUAAUCUCGUAACAUUACGACUUUAAUCUCACAAUAUUUUGAUAUUUUUCCCCUCGCAAUAUUACUUUAAUCUCAUACUACGUGAAAAUACAUAACAUUACGACUAUUUUUCUCAUAAUAUUACGUAAAGUGACGACUUUAAUCUCAUAUUACUUUUUCUCGUAACACGAUGACUUCAAUCUCUUAAUAUUCUGACUUUUUUCUCGUAAUAUCAGGUAAAAUAACGUAGUAUUACGACUUAAAUCCCAUAAUAUUAUGACUUUAAUCUCGUAAUAUUACAUAGAGUUACGUGACAUCACAAUUUUUUUCUCCUAAAAUUACGUAGUUAUGUAGUAUAAUGACUUUAAUACAGUAAUAUAAUGACUUUUUCUUGUAACAUUACGAGUUUAAUCUCAAAAUAUUCUUUUUUCCCAGUAAUAUUACGAUUUUUUAAGUAGUAUUCCGACUUUAAUCUUAAUAUUCCGACUUUCAUGCAAUAUUACGUGAAGAUCCAUAACAUUACGACUAUUUUUCUUGUAACAUUACGACUGCUCGUAAGGUGACCUAGUAUUCCGUCUUUAAUCUCUUACUAUUCCGACUUUUUUCUUGUUAUAUUACAACUUUAAUCUCAUAAUAUUACUGAAAGAUACAUAACAUUAUGGCUAUUUUUGUCGUAAUAUUACAUUUUUUUUCUCAUAAUACCAUGUGAAGUGACGCGGUAUUACAAUUUUAAUCUCGUGUUACUUUUUCUCAUAACAUGAUAAAUUCAACGUCUUAAUAUUCCGACUUUUUUCUCGUAAUAUUACGUAAAGUUACGUAUUAUUACGACUUUCAUCUCAUAAUAUUACGAUUUUUUUCUAAUAAUAUUACGUAAAGUUACCUAGUUUUACGACUUUAAUCUCGAAAUAUUAUGAUUUUUUUUCUCUCGUACCAUUACGACUUUUAUCUUAAUAUUCCGACUUUUUUCUCGUAAUAUUACGAAAAGAUACAGAACAUUGUGACUUUUUUUCCCAAUAUUAUUACUUUCCUCAUAAUAUUACCUAAAGUUAUGUUGUAUUAUGACUAAUAUCGUAACAUUAUGACUUUAAUCUAAAAAUAUUCUGAUUUUUUUCCUCGUAAUAUUACUUUAAUCUCGUAAUAUAACGUGGAUACAUAAUAUUACCACUUUUUUCUCGUAAUAUUAUGACAAAAUUAUUAUUACGAACUAUUCACUAUUAUACUGUUAAUAUUAUGUAAAGUUACAUAGUAUUACGACUUUAAUUUCUUAAUAUUCCGACUUUCCUUUCUUGUAAUAAUACAACUUUAAUCUCGUAAUAUUAUGUGAAGAAACAUAACAUUACAACUAUUUUUCUCGUGAUAUUACAGCUUCUCUCAUAAUAUUACGAAAACUGACGUGGUAUUACGACUUUAAUCUCAUAUUACUUUUUAGCAUAACGAAGGCUUUUCCUCGUAAUAUUAUGUAAAGUUACGUAUUAUUACGACUUUCAUCUCGUAAUAUUAUGAUUUUUGUCUUGUAAUAUUACAUAAAGUUACGUAGUUUUACGACUUUAAUCUCGUAAUAUGAUUUUUUUGUCGUAACAUUACGACUUUUAUCUUAAUAUUCCGACUUUUUUCUCGUAAUAUUACGAAAAGAAGAAAAAUAUUACAGCUUCUCUCAUAAUAUCACGUACACUGACGUGGUAUUACGACUAUAAUCUUAUAUUACUUUUUAUCAUCACAUAAUGGCUUUUCCUCGUAAUAUUACGUAAAAUUACGUAUUUUUACGACUUUCAUCUCGUAAUAUUACGAUUUUUUUUCUUGUAAUAUUACGUAAAGUUACGUAGUCUUACGACUUUAAUCUCGUAAUAUUAUGAUUUUUUUCUCGUAACAUUACGAGUUUAAUCUUAAUAUUCCGACUUUCUUCUUGUAAAAUUACGAAAAGAAGAAAAAUAUUACACCCUCUCUCAUAAUAUUACGUACACUGACGUGGUAUUACGACUUUAAUGUCAUAUUACUUUUUAGCAUAAAAUUAUGGCUUUUCCUCGUAAUAUUACGUAAAAUUACGUAUUAUUACGACUUUCAUCUCAUAAUAUUACGAUUUUUUUCUUGUAAUAUUGCACAAAGUUACGUAGUUUUCCGACUUUAAUCUCGUAAUAUUAUGAUAUUUUUCUCGUAACAUUACGACUUUAAUCUUAAUAUUCCGACUUUUUUCUCGUAAUAUUACGAAAAGAAGAAAAAUUAUUUCAGCUUCUCUCAUCAUAUUACGUACACUGACGUAUUACGACUUAAAUCUCGUAUUACUUUUUAUCAUAACAUGAUGGCUUUUCCUCGUAAUAUCAGGUAAAAUUACGUAUUAUUACAAUUUAAAUAUGAUAACAUUACGACUUUAAUCUCGUAAUAUUAUGACUAUUCUCAUAGUCCUGUUUUUUUUUUUUUCUGUCUUUCUUUCUUUGGUCCUAAUACUCCGUCAAAGUACUGUGCCACCUUCUAAGCUACAUGUUUUGUCUUUUUAAUUUAAAACAAUGGGACUUGUUUGAGUAUUGUUCUGUGUGACAGGACAAUGUAUAUUUAACUUUAUUUAUCUUGGGGGCUGUGGCGUUUACAAACUUUAGAACAUCCAAACCAAAAGAAAACAUACAGUAGUUGAUGCCAUCCUGAUGGUUUACGUGAUAUUUGUGAAUGUAGUUUCGCAUCGUUACGGCGUUAGGUUUUCAGGUUAAGUGUUGGGUGUACAGUUUAUGUGAUAAGUGUUGGGUGAAGGGUUUUGGGGUUCAAGUUGAUACGGUAAGAUUCAGGUUGGGAGAUUUGGGUGUAGAAAAGCUCCGGAGCUAAUAUUUGCGGCCCUGUAAGCGCAAAUUCCCCCCGGCCUCACCUCGCCCCUCCACUGGAAGCUAAUCUUCUCACAUUCCUGGCCGAGGGAGCGAGAACAAAAAAAGGCUAUCUAAAGCGGGGAAUGCGAAGUCCCUUCGCCCUCGUUAAAACGUCGCGCAUUCCCCGCUUUAGAUAGACUGGUUUCCACCAUCUCUAAAUUUGCCUGGAAUGCGUUUUCUUAUUAGACUGGAAUGAGGGGAAACACUAAUUCAGUCAAUGUCAGCGGGGAUUAUCCACACGUAAAUUCUGACAUUUAAUGGUCCGUUCCACUUCAUGCUUUUCAAUCAAAACACACGCAUGCACACGAUAUGAAUGAAGGCAUUUGCUGGUCAAUGCAGUGUGACAGGAAUGUUCCCUUAGUUUGGUCGGAAUGUGUUUACAUGCAAGGCAAAAGUUAAUAUAUAUUGUUUUUUGUAUUCAGAAGCUUGUGUUUUGGUGCCAAAGAUGUACUGUGAUGUUUUGUGUGUGUGUGUGUUGUCGUUUUUUAUUAUUGAUGUUGUAACACAGACACACAAAAGGUUGCGAUACCAUUUGGGUGUUGCUGUGAACUGUUUUGUAAAGUAUGUAUUUCUUAAUAUUUCACCCUCCGAGAGAUUAAAGAUAUUAAUAUAUGUCCCGUA